CUCCUUCUCUCCUUUCCAAAGGCAGCCAACCAGCAAGGCACCAUGCCUCCGAAGAAGCCCGAACCUAAGAAAGCGCCCGAACCCAAGAAGGAAGAACCCAAACCAGCACCAAAACCAGCAGAACCAGAGCCCAAAAAAGAAGUUGAAUUCAACCCAGCUGCUAUCAAAGUUGAAUUCACCCCUGAUCAGAUUGAAGAAUUUAAGGAAGCAUUCUCACUUUUUGACCGGACUCCCAAGUCUGAGAUGAAAAUCACAUAUGCACAAUGUGGAGAUGUCUUGAGGGCUUUGGGGCAGAAUCCAACCCAGGCUGAGGUCAUGAAAGUGCUUGGCAGACCCAAACAAGAAGAGAUGAACUCCAAGAUGAUAGACUUUGAGACCUUCCUGCCCAUGCUCCAGCACGUUUCCAAGACAAAAGACACAGGCACCUAUGAGGACUUUGUGGAGGGUCUGCGUGUGUUUGACAAGGAGGGAAAUGGAACAGUGAUGGGGGCCGAACUCCGCCAUGUUUUGGCUACACUGGGUGAAAGGUUGACUGAAGAGGAAGUUGAUAAGCUAAUGGCUGGUCAGGAAGAUGCCAAUGGUUGUAUUAACUAUGAAGCUUUUGUGAAGCAUAUCAUGGCUAACUGAACACCAGGACAAGACAGUCAUGGAGAAGCCCAGAUUCUGGCCUUGAAUUUUGAUUUAUUGGAACAUCUUCUCAUUUUUCAGCCCAGAUUCCCAUUACAGAGCAAUAAAAUG